CCCCCGUUGUGUCUUGAGACUUGAACAAAUUGGCCAAGAAAGAGAUAACUAGAGAAAUAGAAGAAAGAUGGAAAUAGAGGGAGAAGAAGAACACGAGACGCAGAACAGGAUUCACUAAAGAAGAGAAGGGAUGAGGCCUGAAUUGUAGACCUCAACUCGCUGUGCUUUUGGCCUGAACGGUCAGUACGCGUUGAACUCAACAUCGAAAAGCUUGGGAAGUUUCAAGAAGCAUCACGAAAAGCGAGAGAAAUUCUCACAAAGAAAUGCAUCACUGAAUCACAAGUCGUGCAAGAUUGUUAAAAAGACUUCGUGGAAUGAAUUAUUACAAGGAGUAUUUUUAGAAUUCAUGAGAGAAAUUCUGUUGCUGACUAACUGCUGAUAAAUUUGUAUUAGUGGCAAUGAUGCGACCGCGCGUUAGACUUUUUCGUCUUGUACAAGUGAUUAUGUUAUCGCAAAUAUAACGACGUGGUCACAACGUCUACGCGUGCAACGAUUGUUUGAAGUGUAGUGAUUGAAAAGGGUGAAUCAAGAAGGGUGUCUCACGUUGCUAUCUAAACAAUAAACAACAAUGGCUUCGAGAUCGGAAGCUUCAUGCAUAGAAGCCGCCGAAACCGAAGAGAGUAGAAAAGAGAAAACCCCUAGAUUCGGCAGAUUACUGUUAAGGUUUCUAGCAAUUUACUGGCGAAGCUUUGUCGUGGUGUUGUGGCCGUUAAUUCUGACUCCGAUACUAUUGGUUGAAAGUGAAAAAUAUAUAGCGAUGAAAUGUUUAUACAUCGUCGCAUUAAUGGCGCUGUUUUGGGUGACUGAAGUUCUGCCGUUACCGGUCACAGGCAUGAUUCCGGUGGUUCUGUAUCCGCUGAUGGACAUCAUGUCUACCAACGACACCUGCUUGUGCUACAUGAACGACACCACAAUGAUGUUCCUGGGCAGUUUAGUGAUAGCGGUGGUCAUCGAAAAUUCUGGAUUACACAUGCGAAUAGCGUUGCUCAUCAUCAAGACUAUUGGCUGUAGUCAUCGAAGAUUGACUUUCGGCCUAUUUUUCGUGACGAUGUUCAUCUCAAUGUGGAUCUCGAAUACCGCCGCCACAGCUAUGAUGAUACCCAUAAUGGAAACCGUUCUCGUGGAGCUCGAAGCGCAAGGACUCGGACAGAUGUUUACCCAAAGCGAAGAAGCGAUCGAAGAGGACGGGGAAACAUCCAAAAGACCGACGCACAGUACUAUGGUGUACUAUCUCGUUGCGGCCUAUGCGUCCAGUCUCGGUGGUAUCGGCACCAUUGUCGGAAGCGGUACAAAUUUAACACUGAAAGGCUUUUUGGAAAAGCGAUUUCCGACCAGCCCCGGCAUAAAUUUCGCUUCUUGGAUGCUGUAUUCAGUGCCGCCCAUGCUACUCAUGGGUAUCUUAACAUGGUUGUGGCUGCAGAUUAUGUAUAUGGGUCUCUUCAGACCGAAAAGCAAAGACGCUCGUGCUAUCGAUAUUGGACAACAGGGCGAACGAGUCGCGGCGGCGGUUAUUGAGAAGAAAUACAAGGAACUCGGACCGAUCUCAUGGCACGAAUUCUCCGUAGGUGUCUUAUUUAUCCUCGUGGUGCUUCUCUGGUUCUUCAGGAGCCCCGGAUUUAUGAAUGGCUGGGCAUUUUAUAUCACCAACUUACCUGUCAAGGACUCGACUGCAGCCAUAUUCGUGACAAUAUUGUUUUUCAUCAUUCCGUCCAAGCUAGACUUUCGAAACGCAUUCAACAAGGAUGCGCGUAAGCGACCCACGAAACCGUCACCCGGUCUGAUAACAUGGAAAAUAAUAAAUGAGAAAAUGCACUGGAGUCUGAUAUUCGUGUUGGGUGGCGGAUUCGCAAUUUCGGCGGGUAGCACUACAUCUGGAUUGUCGCAAAUGCUCGGUAAAUCAUUAAUAGGACUGGAAAAAAUUAAUGUAGUGGCGAUACUACUGAUUGUCUGCCUUUUCGCCGAAAACGUGACGGAAUUGACUGCCAAUGUAGCCGUCGCGAAUAUUAUACUGCCUGUAUUAGCGGAAAUGUGUGUGGCCAUCAAAAUACAUCCCCUGUACCUAAUGCUACCCGCGGCUCUCUGCUGCUCAUUCUCGUUCCACCUGCCAGUCGGCACUCCACCGAACGCGAUUGCCAGCGCGGCAGGACAUAUAAGGACGAAAGAUUUUGUAAUCGCCGGUAUCGGGCCCAGCAUUAUUACGCUUCUUGUUACCGCGAUCGCGUUUCCCACAUGGGGUACAUAUGUAUUUAAUCUAUUCGAGUUUCCUAGAUGGGCUACGUAACAUUACUUAUUAUAAUUUAAGGCUCCUGGGUAGUCACCGCAGCCAUAUUAGAUUCGUGACGUCAGAAGCGAGAAAU